AUGAAUACACAUGGCAACAUCCAGUCACCAGAUACCCUGACAAGGGAAUACUUGACAGCCCUUGUAAAGGAAAGAUUGCAAGCAUACAAGCUACAGACAAAGGAAAAGGAACCCGAAGUAGCAGCGGCCAUGACCCCUCCGACGUCCCCCUCGCCGCGGGAGGAGCGCCCCGGCCCCACGGCAGUCGCUCCUCCGCCAGACACACCGAGGGACCUGCUUCCGGAUCAGCCUGCUGUAGAAAAGCUACGGACGCCCUCGCCAUCCCCACCGCCGAGUGAAGCCCCAGCUCCCAGGAGAGAACCAACGCCCCAGCUCUCUCAAGAAACUUCAGACGACGAAAAUGUGCCGGAGUUUCUUCCAACGCCCACGUCUUCGCCUCCGCGCAAACAGGCGCUCCGAGAAGACCUCCCCCACGCGGCGCACACUCCAUCCCCGACGCCAGUCCCAUCUCCAGCCAAACGCCAGACAGCAGUAACUCCCUCGCAGUCGCCGGAGACUUCCCCGCAGCGCAAGGGACCGGAAGGCGGCUCAGUCGUCACUCCCGCCCAGUCGCCCGUCCUCACCCACCGCUCAGGCCGCUCCGCACACACGCCGUCGCAAUCUCCGUCGCCAAGGAAGUCGCCCUCGCGUGUCGUCGCCGUCCCUGACACCCCGACGCCGUCUGUUCCGUCUCCAGUUCCUUGUCCUCCUCCUGGCGAUGCCUUUCUGCCUCCUUCAGACACUUCCUAUCGUCAGGCAGAAGAGUUUCGCACGAGAGUCUCGCCUCCACAGGAUCCCGAAAUACGGCAGCUCACGCCGCCCAAGAUCAGUGAGAGAAAAUUUAGUGAUGAGGAUAUCCAAAUCGAGUAUGCCAAUGUCAGCGUGGAUCUGUUAUCACCAGAGACGCCGUCUGUUGUGUGCAAUUCAUCUGUUGAGGUACGGUUGGAGAUUUACCUUUUACGUUGA